GGUUGUUAUGAGCAGACUUUCGUGUUCCCAAAGUAGACUUUGCAUUUCUUCGCUGUUCUUCUGCACUUUUGACGGUACGAAAGUGGCAUUACUUAUAAUUAGUUGGCGGAGUCUACACGCAUGGCUGUCUGCGAAACGGGCUGUUUUGAACCUAGUGGGAUCGUUAGUGGCUCAAACUCUGCACAAACUUGCGUUGGCUUUGAAUGUGCGAUCAUCGGUGGGUUGAGGGCGUGGAGCGGGGUUAAGGGGGUUUUGCGAGGGAGGUACGAUGAGCCAACGGCAGCUGGUAGUGGCCGUGGAGGCCACAGGAGCGCUGGGUCCGUUCUGGUCCGUGCUGCUCACUGAGUAUGUUGACAAAAUCGUCAGAGCAUUUUUUGACGAGUCGAAUAACCAGAAAAAUGGUUCUUCACCUGGAGAAGUGGCUUUGGUUGUCUUCAAGACUCAUGGAUCACAUUCUGAUUUUCUGCUCUGGCAAAGUGGGUGGACAUCGAGUAUGGAUCUGUUCUUCAAAUGGUUGUCGGCUUUAACUUUUGAGGGUGGUGGUUUUAGUGAAGCUGCUGUUGCCGAGGCUUUGGCUGAGGCCCUCAUGAUGUGUUGUCCAGGACCCAAACCUCCGACUGUUCCUCAACACAAGCAUUGCCUCCUAAUUGCAGCGUCGAAUCCUCAUCCCAUUCCGACGCCUGUAAUGCGACCACCAGUCAUUCUCCUGCCAACCGGACAAGCAGAACUUCAGUCCGAUAAAUGGUGGCUUGCGGAUGCUGAAACAGUUGCGAAGGCUUUUCCACCAUGCCAGGUGUCACUUUCAGUUAUCGCUCCGCGGCAGCUUCCUCUACUCCGUUCUAUUUAUAAUGGAGCAAAGCGAAAUCCGCGGGCUGCUGAUACUGGACCUGAUUUUUCUAAGCAACACUUAGUCUUAAUAUCUGAAGGAUUUUCCGAGGGGAAAUUAGCCUUUUGUCCGGCGGCUGCAGCGUCAAAAUACUGCUGUGUCGUCUAGCAUAUCUGCGAAAUUUAGCUGCUGAUUGGCCGUCCACAAUGCAGAUUGUGCGCCUUGUUGAACAGAGGCACAUGAAUAGCAAAGAGUGUCAAGGAAAGGCAGAGCUUCUGGUGUUUCGGCUACAUUCGUCUCAUGGAUUUCUUCUUCAAUUGGCUGAGAAGAAACUUUGUGCUGUUAUCCAGCUUCCUUCGCAAACUCUACUUCUGGCGAGCUUUGACAAGCCCGAUCGCAUGAUUGGAAUGCUGUUCCCAGGGGACAUGGUAGUGUUCAAACCGAGUAAGACACAGGGCUCUCAGCAGCCGAGAGGAGCAGUUUCACCAAUAGCCGGCACGGGUCAGGCCAUGGGUCAAACGUUGGCAGUCUAAUUUCUCACAAGGCCAGCUUCAAGCUCAGAUUGAGCACCAUCUUCUCACUUCUUGGGAGAUGGCUAUUUUCUUUGUUUUUUUAGUUGAUACACCUAUAUGAUCAAAUUAAGAUCUCUUUUGUUGGAUUCUGACCAAAUGGUAUUUUCUAUCCCAUGAGGCACUACUCCCAAAAUCAAUUCCUCAUCCAUA